AUGGAGAGAGAUAACCUUACUGAUAAGAAGAACAAAGAAGCGGUGCUCACCAGUGUGUGGAAUGAAUCCUUAGGGGACCCGGAAACACUGAACAGCUCUCUCAUCUCUACCGCUGCCUGGUGUCCAGUGCGUGAUGGUGACUGUCCCUGCAUCUUGGAGAGAAAUUAUUCUAGGGGCUACUACCAGGAUGGAGAUACGGUGAUUGGAGGACUCUUCUCUCUGGAUGUGCUUUUGACUAAUUUAGGUGACUUUGCGAACUUCACAAAAAUGCCGCUUGAAUUUUCCUAUCCCUUAGAAUACUUCAACAAACACCACCAACAUAUCAUGGCCCUGGUGUUUUCUGUGAAGGAGAUCAACAAGGACCCAAUCCUGUUAUCCAAUAUUUCUCUGGGCUACCACCUCUUCAAUGUCCACUUCCAGGGGCUGAUCGCGACCAGAAGUUCCAUGGCUCUGAUCUCAGGGACAGACGGGAUGAUUUCCAACUACAGCUGUGCGGACGGGUGGGACAAACUACUGGCUGUCAUAGGAGGGAUGUCAUCAGCAGCGUCCACGAACGACUCCUGGCUGCUGGAACUCCAUAAGCUCCCCCAGAUCUGCUACAGCCCAAAGGACCCCACUCUCACAGAUAAGGCGCAGUUCCCUUCUGUCUAUCAGAUCUCUGCGAGUGUCCCAGGUCUGUCUUCAGCAAUGAUAUGUCUAAUGAAACAUUUUCACUGGGUCUGGAUCAGCCUCUUGAUCACUGAUGACAUUGGAGGGGAGCUGUUUGCUAUAGUCCUAACAGAGGAGAUGGCCAAGAAUGGCAUCUGUGUGGCUUAUGUUGAAAAGAAUGGCACCAAAGUCUACGUCAAAGAGGGAGAGUUCGUGCCCCAGGCCCCAGCUGGCCAUGAUUUGACCCUCAGUGAGGAGAGGAUAACGUGGGACAGGGUGCUUUCUGAGGCCAGGGUCAUUUUCUUUCAGUGCAAAGAGGGCUCUGCCAUCACCUUCUACUGCAUCCUGGGCUAUAUGGGGCUCCUGGCCUUGUUCAAUCUCAUGGUGGUCUUCCUGGUCCAGAACUUGCCAGACAGCCUCAAGGAGAUAGCCUUCGGAAUCACCUUAUCAGUGGUCAUUUCCACUGUGUUAGCCAAGACGGUCACCGUGGUCCUAGCCUUCAGGGCCACAGGGCCGGAGAGCAGAAUCAGGAUAUGGCUGGGGCCUACAGUGCCUUCCUCCAUCGUCUGCAUCUGCUCCCUGGGCCAAGUAGUCAUCUGCAUGGUCUGUCUGAGGACCUACCCCCGCGCCACCAUUUCCUGA